CGAUUCUUUCGUCACAAAAACAGAACCUCAUAUCAUAUCAUAUCGGUUCACUUUUGGACACAGCCAGCCAAGCAGAGCACAUACACUACAAGCAAAGAAAUAUCCCCAAAGCUCUUUCAAAACUCUCUAACAGUCACAAACACACAGUUUCUCUCAAAAACAAAAACCGAAACCAAAACUAAAAUAGCAAUGUCGACCUUGAAAAUCCAACCCACAGCAUUUGCGCUAUCUUCCAGCGUCAGACAGUUGGGUUUCUUCAAUCUCAAGCUCCCCCGAAACUGCGUCGCUUCCUCCAACCAUUUCAGUCGCUACGGGACCCGAAGAGCUCUCACAGUGUCAAUGUCCACCACUUCUUCGACCCCACUUGAAGUCUGCGUCAAAUCUUCAACCACUGCCCCCAACAAGCCCGGCGACUGUCCCUUUUGCCAGAGGGUAUUACUGACUCUGGAGGAAAAGCAUCUCCCUUAUGACUUAAAGUUGGUAGAUUUGGCCCACAAGCCAGAUUGGUUCUUAAAACUCAACCCUGGAGGUAAAGUUCCUGUGAUUAAACUCAAUGAGAAGUGGAUAUCAGAUUCAGAUGUUAUUGCACAAGCACUAGAAGAAAAGUAUCCUGAUCCACCAUUGGGAACCCCACCUGAGAAGGCUUCAGUUGGAUCAAAGAUCUUCUCCACAUUUAUUGGUUUCCUCAAGAGCAAAGACCCAAGUGACGGAACAGAGAAAGCAUUAAUCAGUGAGCUAAGUUCUUUUAACAAUCAUAUCAAAGACAAUGUGAGUUCUCUAUGCUUAUUUUUUCCCUUUCUGUCUGUCUAUCCGUGGUUCCUUGUUGGUUUGGAAUUUGAUUGUCCAUCAUAUGUGACUUAG